AUGACAGCGGGACCGCACGCAGGUGAUUCAAUAGAAGCGUCGUCGGCGGCGGGCAAAGUGACCAAGUCGGGUCGCGAUUCCCGUCGUUCCGUCAAGAUUGAAGAAGUUCCAACGUACAGCCAUUCUUCGGGUUCGUUUCAGCCAGAAAGAAAAAUGGGUGUCCGGUGGAGAGGACGUUUUUAAAUUGCGGAUAGAGUUGUGAUGCAAUUAUAUAUAUAUUUUUUUUGUUUCUUGUUUGAAAUGCCUUGCUGGUAUGUUUUGAGGAGCAUUUAAAAUUUUUGAAAGUUAUUCGAGGCGAUUAUAUGUUUUCAAUGUUAUAUUGGUUCAUGCGAAACGCUUCUGAACAUCACAAAAUGAGAUUUUGAACUGAAUAUAUUUAAUUUUGGGUUUUUUAAUGCUUUUUGGAUGUAGAGAUUGUGAUGAUGAAUCAAUAAACCUUUACUGAAGCUGUAGAAAGUAAAAAUAUUAUUUUAUUGCAAAACAAGAAACUUUUUUUUGUUAAACUUUGAGCCAAGCAUAAGUCCUGCGUUUUUUUGUAUACUUUAUUUUGAUCAGAAAAAAAUCCUUAUUUAAAAAAAUUUGGUUCUGAAUGUAUCAAUUAAUAAUUAUUUAGUUCGUAUCUUUUUUUAAAUAAUGGUCAAAUAAUGGUUUGAAAGUCCUGAUAAUAUACAACAAAAAUAAGAAAAAAAGUGACGAAUCUUUAUUUUUUUCCACGUGUUUUGUUCGUUAGUUGACCAUAGUUAAGUUCUUUUUUUCUAUAAAAACCAGUUCAACUUAGUUGACCACAGUGGAGUUGGGGAAAUAGGGAGUUUUUAUUUGAUUUUUGAGAAUUUUCGGAAUAUAAAAGUUUUCGUAGUAGCCUAGGCUCUCAUUUGACAGCUCUUUAUCAACUUUUUGAUGAUUUUACGUGUUUUAUCUGACAUUUUUUUCUGAUUGUCUUAUGUUCGAAAGACGGCCAAUUGACAAGAUGAUCACAGAAAUAAGUGUCACAAAAAUAAUAGGAAAUCGCUUUGAGAACAAAGAAAAAAAUAAACGGGGAUAAUCUUUCCUCGCCUUUUCACGGUCAAAGUCCGAAAAAGAUUUUUUUAAAAAAACACUUUCUUUCUGAAUUUUUUUGUUGAAAAAGCUUUUUUUGUGGAUUUGAAAAAAAGACCGGAAUUUUUUUGCGAAAGAGGUGUUUAAGAAAAGCUUUUAAGUUCUUAGAAUAAAGCUUUUAUAAGACGGAGGGUUUUGAAAAACCUCAAAAGGUAGAAAAAUGUUUCAAAAAUGUUUCUGAAAAGAUUCAAAAAAACCUUUCCCGUAUUUAUUUUCUCUCUGGAAGUUUUCUGCACUUUUUAACUUCCUUAAAAAAGGCACUCGAAAGUCUUUUGGAGAACUUUUCCAGAAAAUAAAUCUGGUCUUUUUGGACUCUGAACAUGAAAGAACUUUGAAAUCCAAUCUGUUGGAUCCGGGAAUUUUUUUCCCAUUAUCUGUGUGUUUUUUUUCCAUUCGCACCCUUUCUGUGUUCGUUUUUGGGGCGGUGCCAGCCGUUUCCGAUUGCUAUCUUUCUGUUUCGAUACUUUCGGCCGCUCUGUAUUGUAUUGACCCCCCGGCCGAUUCCUUCAUAUUCUCCAUACAUCUGCAAAGUUUUUCUUUGGCAACGAAAUGCGAGAUUUGCCGGAAUGUGUCUCAAUUUUGAAAGUUGCCGCCCGGCAAAUCGGUUAGUUCUUUGGAGCUUCUCAAAGUGUGAGAACUUCUCUUUUUUUCGUGUGAUUCAUGAUUUGUUAUUUAUUAAUGAGUAAGCGGGGAGCGACUUGAAAGCGAAAAAGCAGUUCUAAUUGGAUUUUUUUAGCGAACAAUUUGUGUCAUUUUCUCCCUCGCGUUUUUGUUUCACUUUUUCUGAGUUUGCUUUUUCGGCUUUAGGUGAAUUUAAUUGAACAUUUUGAAGAUUUUGAGCAUUUUAUCGGGUUUAGUCGAAUUUUAACAAAUUAAAGGAUUGAUUUCAGCCAUUUUUCGGAGAUUUGAGUUUAAAAAAAGCCGAAAAAUCAUGAAGAAGUGAAAUUUUUUUAUAAUUAGACCUUCAGGGAACAAUUUGCAUUUUUUUCCCUCGUUUUUUUAAAAAUGAGAAGUUUUUCACACCUUUGCUGUUUAGAAAAAUUUUGAUGCCGCCCACUUUUUUAUCACUUUCUAAAGAGCACAAAAAUCAUUAUCAAACACCCAUGAAAGGUACUUAAUCCCUUUAUAAUCUCAUGUAAACUUGUCAGUUUUUAUCUUCUCGCUAGAAGUCAACAAGUUUAUUAACUAGAGAAAAAACUUUCAAAAAAAACCUGUAUUCAAGAAGGAAAGGUUUUUUUACGUACGUGGAAGUUGAGCCGCAAUAUUCCAGAAAAAAACACCUGUUUCACCUGCAAAUUUGCUAAUUUCGCUCCGAAAAAUUCUCCAAAAACCUUGUGUCAGAGAUUCAAUUCUGAGAAACUUUGGGAAUUACGCUCCAUUCAAAGAUCUUUAUUUGAGACGUUUAAGGUCGAAAAAGAAAAAAAUAAUAAUUCUAAGAAACGGUUUUUUUCGGAAACCUUUUUAAAAACUUUUUAUAUCCUCCUUAAAUAUCAAAGCUAGGGUUUUAAGUAGACUAUAUUGGCGUUAAAAGUGUUUUAAAGGGUUCUUUAAGAAAGUUAAAUAUGGCCAACAGUUUGUCACAAUUUUUUUUUUGAGCUGCAAAACCCUUUUCUUCCUAAUGCGCGGCCAUGCAUGCGCCUUUAAUAUAACUGCAUUUUUUUUUGAGAUGAACUAAAAUCACAUGAACAGAGGCCACGCGCAAAAAAGAAAAGGGCUCUGUAGGUCAAAAGAAAAAAAAAAGGACCACAAUGAUUUUUGAUUUCAAUAUUUGUCUGAGCUCUAUUAUCGCUCAGGCUCGUCGGUGAACGAGAUGGCGAACGAGGUCGACGACGAGUUUGAAGGCGGCCAUUCGCCACGUCUUGGCCGAAUCCGACUUCGGACUCUCAGUGGCAGCAAGGCUGACCAUCAUUUAUUGACUACUAAAACGGGCCGCGUAAGUUUCUGAACUGGAAAAACACAAUUUCCCCCGAAAUUUCACAAAAUUGCGGAAUGAAGCUUUUUUAAGAGAAGGAAAAAUAUUCCAAGGGUUUCUAAGUCCUAGAGGUCUUCCUAGAUCCCUUAUGGGUUUCUAAGUCCUAGAGGUCUUCCUAGAUCCCUUAUGGGUUCCCGUUGGAGAGGUCGUUUAAGACGAAAAAAGUUAUUGUGAAAGAUUGUCUUCCAAUUUUUCAAAGAGAAUUUUUCUUUGUGGAUAAGGGGUGAUACAUUUUGAAGACAGCCUGAAAAAAAAGUAUAAAAGUGAAUUUUAAUAAAGCUUUUUUUCCUUUUGAGAGACACAAAAAAAUGCGCCUUUUCUAAGCCUCGAAAAAUUCUUUCUGUACUGUUCUCAUAAAAUCUAUGUUAAAAUUUGAAAUAUGACCUGAAAAAGUAAUUUCCGCAACGACCUCCCGAAAAAUCAAAGUGGCACAAAAAUGCGAUUAUCAAAUCACCGGGAAGUUAUCGAAUCAAAAAAUGUGUUGUCUGGCGGAGAAUGUGAGAAAUUCUCACACGUUUUUUUCGUGUCGGCCCUUUUUUCAAGGCCAUUUUGUUGCAGACCGAUAUCCUUAUGAGUAUGAGAUUCUUAUUCAUUUGAUUCUGUAGAAAGAAUCAAGGAUUAGAAAUCGUCUCUUCCCAAAAAAAAAGAAAACUACCUUGUUGUUUCUGUUUUGAGGCGUUCCCUUUAUGAAAACGGAAGUAAUUUAUUUUCUUCUUUCUCACAUCAUAAAAUUUUGCAACCAGCGUUUAUCAGUUUUACUGUUUGAUGUAAAUUUUCAUUAUUACGUGAGACUUGAUUCCUGAUAAGCAUUGGCCUUUUUACCUGAUUUCAUAAUAUUGAAGUAUUUUUUUGGAGAUGAAGGUAAAUUUUUUUCUCUUGCAUAUUUCCUGCUUGAAAAAGUCUAGUUAGAUGCUCAGACUGUUUGAAAUUUUUCUAAUUUCUAAUUUUUGGGAUUCAAUGAAGGCGAAAGAGGUUUUUUUCUCAAUUCCAUGACGUUUUUUUCUCAAGAAAAAUUUAUAGGAAAGUUUCAAUAAUUAAAAAAAGUGUAUUGAACUGGAGCAUUUUUUUAUCCUUCAAAUUGAUAAUUUUAAGAAUCAUAACCGUUGGGUUGAUAUUUGAUAAAACGUAGGUGGUGAGAAGUUCAUAGAUAAUUUUUCUGGAUCGAUUUUUUUAGAAGAUCAUUAUGGAAUUUUUUUCGGAUUAAUGAUUGAGGAUUGAUGAAAUGACGAUGCAGGAAUAAUAGUUGAUUUUUGAUAGCAGAAAAUGUAAAAUUUCAGCCGCCAUUCAUUUUAUGUUUAGUGAAUUUUAAAAAUUUUUUUAGUACGAGCAAAAAAAUAGGGUUCCAGAAAAAAACUGAUCUUUAAAAAAAUUUUUUUGUUUAAAGUUUUUUUCUUUCUGUGAGGUUAAUGAUUGAUACGUAAUAAGACUGCUUUUGCAUUUUUUUUUUUUUGUGCGGUCUGCAGAGGAGUUUCCAGAAAAAUCGGCCUUUGAAGACCUUUUCAAAAGUUAUUUUUAGAACUAAGGAAACGUGAUAAAACGGAGGUGGCAAGGAUUUGAUCUUCUCUGAUUGCAGAAAUUUUGAAAUUUUGGCCGCCAUUUAUCUUGUUAUCAGUCAAUUUUCAAAUUUUUCCAACAGUGUGAAAUCCGGGAAGGAGCUAUAAAAGUUUAUAUUCAAGUUCCUUUUCUAAAAUUUAUUUUGUAAGAUUAUUGAUUCAUACGUGAUAUGGUCUGCAGGGGAGCUCCAAAAAAAGAAACCGGCCUUGAAAAACUUUUCAAAAAGUUAUUUUUAGAACUAAGGAAACGUGAUGAAACGGAGAUGGCAAAGAGUUGAUCUUCUCUGAUUGCAGAAGAUUUACACUAAAGGCCGGCCGCCAUGGUACGACAAGCGCGGGAAAGCACUCAAGCAGCCGUACGUGAUCGGUAUUUGCGGCGGGUUUGUUGACCUGUUGAUUGGUCGGUUUGAUAGCGUCGUUGUGCCAGGUCGGCGAGCGGUAAAACGACGGUCGCCGAGAAAAUCAUCGAACGCCUGGAAAUCCCCUGGGUCACCAUCCUUUCCAUGGACAGCUUCUACCGAGUUGGUUCAUUUUUGGACUCGGAAAUAUUCUCAGAAGACGAUCUGAAGUUCAAGAAAAAUGGCUCCAUUGAGCAUUUUUUCGAGACUUCCUAGAAAAAGAAUACGAAACAGCCGUAGAAAAAGAAAGAGUGACAUACACAUUUAGAAAAAAAUGAACAUUUUUAAAACACUCGGCGAAGAAUUUAAAUUUUCUGAAGUUUUUUGAAGAAUUCGGAUGAUCUUUCCAAAAAAGACAAUAUUGUGGUCUUUCAAAAUCAAGAAUGAGAAAAAAAACUCAACAGGAUUUUUUUCCCAAAAAGUUUCAAUGCUCAAACGGUUAGUUAGUGUAGGCUUCACAAAUCAGGAAAAAUAGGACUUUAUAUAAAAAAAGAGUUUCUGUAAUCAAUUUCGAAAAAAUUUCAUCCUACUGAUGUAAAUUUCAAAGAAAUAAUUAGGUAGGCUCCAUUAAGGUGUGAAUCUCAUUUUUGUACCUGACAUCGGCUUUUUUCAGUUUCACAAAAAGAGAGAGUUGGAAAUUUGGGAAAUUAGAAAAAAUCUGAUUUUCAUCGAAUUUUUAACAGAAAACUUUGUUUUUCACAAGCUCUGUUUUCUAAUUGAUUCGUUAAUAUAGGCUUCACCAGUUGGAAUAAAGUUUAUGUUAAAGAGAAGCUUAUUUUUGAACAAUUCUUACCUGAAAGUAAGAAAAAAGUCUCUUUAUUGAGCCUUCCAUUUUUCUUUGAUUUUAGAAGCUCAAGAAAUGGUGGAAAAAGGUAAAGGCAAAAAAAAAAUGGUGCAUAAAAGUCGACGAACUGGCGCAAAAAGGCAGCAAAAAAAGGAACCUUUUUCUACCCUUUUCGGCUUUGCCUAUGUUCCCUUGUUCCCGCAGAGGUUAAUCUUGACUUCUUUCCUACUUUUUUAGAAAAAAAAACGUUUUCUCAAUUUUUUGUACCUGACGUUGACCUAUGUGCAGGUUCUCUCACCUGAAGAACACGAUUGUGCCGAGCGUUCCGACUACAAUUUCGACGACCCCUCCGCCUUCGAUUUUCAACUUCUCCACGAGGUCCUCUCACGUCUUCGCGAGGGAAAAAGCGUCGAAGUCCCGGUUUAUGACUUCACCACCCAUUCGAGAGAUCCCAAUCCGAAGGUUCUAAUAAAGUGAAUCCCUGACAAAGUAAGGUGUUAAGGUUAUGUAUGGAGCCGAUGUCCUGAUCUUCGAGGGAAUUCUCGCCUUCCACGUUGAGAAAAUCAAGGAUUUGAUGGAUAUGAAGGUUAAUAAUAAGAAAAAUAUCCUAAAAGAGUGCUGA